AAAGUAAAAAAGGAAAACUGAAUUAAGGAUAAAUAUAUUGUUGUGAUUCGUGAAGACCAUUUUCUGAAGGUCAGAAUUAUAUCAGCUGUGGUGAGUUGUGUGUCUGUGGCGUCUCAAUGUUUCCACACAAAAGAAGGCAAAAAUACAUAUUGUGAAAAAAUUCCUUUUCAAUAAUCCUCUCGACGGUGUUUCAUGGAUGCGCGUCGUCGGUGCGCACGGAUGAACUUCCCCACGCAGCCUCGCGUUUCUCGCCCACUGGUUCCUCCCCGACGAGCCGCGCGGUGCGUAAAUCCGCCUCCUCUUUGGCACCGCCGGUCCAGUCCGCCAGAGGAGAGCAGUCGCGCUCCCAGUGGAAGAUGGCGGUGGGGAUGCUGUCUGCGGCCGCAGCGCAGCGCUGCUUUUGCACAAAAAGCGAACCCGGAUGGAUAUAAAAUGCAAGAAAAAGGAACAAACCCACACCUCUCGUACUCGCGCCGCGGACUCUUUUUGCGCUCGUUUGAAUAGAUUCCGCUAGUUUCUUUUUUUGCUGGCAGAAACCCGGUCUCGUUGCGGGGAGAUUCGCGGACUAUUUGUUGAUAGCUCGGCGCACAGACAGGGUGGGGGUGAAAAGUGAGGAGGGGGGGAGACGAAAAUGUCGGAUUCUAAGGUAAAAGUCGCAGUGAGAGUCCGGCCCAUGAACCGAAGAGAAAUCGAGCUGAAAACAAAAUGUGUCGUGGACAUGGAGGACAACCAGACGGUGCUGCACCCACCGCCCUCCAGCGCCAAAGGAGACAACAGGAAACAAUCUAAGGUGUUUGCUUUUGACCACUGUUUCUGGUCCAUGGAUGAGGCCAACGUCCCCAAAUAUGCUGGUCAAGAGGUGGUGUUCAAGUGCCUUGGAGAGGGAAUACUUGAAAACGCAUUCCAGGGAUAUAAUGCCUGCAUAUUUGCCUAUGGACAAACAGGUUCAGGCAAGUCCUUUUCCAUGAUGGGUAAUGGGGAUCAGCCGGGUUUGAUCCCUCGACUCUGCUGCUCGCUGUUCGAGAGGGUCCACAGAGAGGAGAACGAGGGCCAUACUUUUAAGGUGGAGGUGUCCUACAUGGAGAUCUACAAUGAGAAGGUCCGGGACCUUCUGGAUCCCAAAGGGAGCCGACAGUCCCUUAAAGUUCGGGAACACAAAGUCUUGGGUCCAUACGUGGAUGGUCUAUCUCAGCUGGCUGUAACCAACUUUGAGGACAUUGAGGUGUUGAUGUCAGAGGGCAACAAAUCUCGCACAGUUGCAGCCACCAACAUGAACGAGGAGAGCAGUCGAUCACAUGCCGUGUUCAGUAUAAUUGUCACACAAACACUUUAUGAUCUACAGUCUGGGAAUUCAGGGGAGAAAGUGAGCAAGUUGAGUCUGGUGGACCUGGCGGGAAGUGAGCGAGUGUCUAAGACUGGAGCGGCUGGAGAACGACUCAAAGAGGGCAGCAAUAUUAACAAGUCUCUCACCACGUUAGGUUGCGUGAUUUCUGCUCUCGCUGACCAGUCUGCAGGAAAGGGGAAAGCCAAGUUUGUGCCCUACAGAGACUCAGUCCUCACCUGGCUGCUGAAGGACAACCUUGGCGGCAACAGCAAGACGGCCAUGAUAGCCACAGUGAGUCCAUCGGCUGAUAACUACGAGGAGACUCUUUCCACGCUACGCUAUGCAGACCGAGCCAAGAGAAUCGUCAACCACGCCGUGGUGAACGAAGAUCCCAACGCUCGGAUCAUCAGAGAGCUCAGGGAAGAGGUUGAGAAGCUCAAAGUUCAACUCUCUCAGGCCGAGUCAUUGAAGGCUCCUGAGCUGAAGGAGAAACUGCACGAGUCUGAGAAGCUCAUUCAGGAGAUGACUGUCACCUGGGAGGAGAAACUAAGAAAGACAGAGGAGAUUGCCACUGAACGCCAGAAGCAGCUAGAGAGCAUGGGCAUCUCUCUGGAAACAUCGGGGAUUAAAGUGGGUGAAGACAAGUGUUUUCUGGUUAAUCUCAAUGCUGAUCCUGCCCUCAAUGAGCUACUGGUCUACUAUCUGAAGGAGCACACGCGUGUGGGCGCCGACACUUCUCAGGACAUCCAGCUCUUUGGGAUCGGCAUCCAGCCGAAGCACUGCGUCCUGGAGCUCUGCCCGGAUGGUGACGUCACCCUGAUGCCCGUAGGGAAUGCCAGCACCUGUGUGAACGGCUCAAUGAUUGAUUCUUUGGUGCACCUGUGGCAUGGAGAUCGUAUCUUAUGGGGGAACAAUCACUUCUUCAGGAUUAAUCUGCCUGCACGAAAGCGGCGGGACCGUUUAAAGGAGCUGGACAGAGCUUCCCCGAGGGAGAGCUUUGUCGAGGCAGACGUGGAGACCGCCAGCGAGGCGUCUUCAGAACAGGACUACAGCUACGAGUUUGCUCAGAUGGAGGUCAUGAUGAAGACUCUGGGGAACAACGACCCCAUGCAGAAUGUGGUCCAGGUGCUGGAGAAGCAGUACCUCGAGGAGAAGCGUACGGCUCUGGAGGAGCAGAGAGUGAUGUACGAACGAGAGCUGGAGUCGCUACGGCAACAGCUGACUCCCGAAAAAACGCAGCAACACAAACGCAGCAGCAGCGAGCGCCUGGCCUUCCCAAUGCACGCGGCACACGGCAAGCUGCGACUGUGGACCGAGGAGCGGGAUGAGCUUUUUCGGCGGAGUCUUUCUCGACUCAGGGAGCAGGUUGUGAAAGCCAACACCUUGGUGCGAGAAGCCAACUUCUUGUCAGAGGAGAUGAACAAACUGACGGACUAUCAGGUCACCCUUCAGAUUCCCGCCGCUAACCUCAGCGCUAACCGCAAGCGUGGAGCAAUAGUGAGCGAGCCGGCCAUUCAGGUACGGAGAAAGGGAAAGGGGACCCAGGUGUGGACCAUUGAGAGGCUAGAAAACAAACUGGUGGAUAUGAGAGACCACUACAGGGACUGGAAGGAAGGCGCAGAGGAGAUGUACAACAAGGCCAACAGUAAGCACUGUGAUCCAUUCUAUGAGGCGCAAGAGAACCAUAACCUGAUAGGAGUGGCCAACAUUUUUCUGGAGUGCCUUUUCCAUGAUGUCAAGCUGCAAUAUGCAGUCCCCAUCAUCAGCCAACAAGGAGAGGUGGCAGGCAGGUUGCACAUUGAGCUGAUGCGAGUCAGUGGAGUCGUACCAGAGCGCCUGUCUGGGGGAGACGACUCGUCAGAGAACUCCAGUGAGAGUAGCUGCUAUGAGGUGAUGGACACCAACGGGGACAUCGUCCACAUAGCCAAGAGGCUUACAUGCAGGGUGCGGAUCAGGGAGGCCACAGGUUUGCCAAUCAACCUGUCCAACUUUGUCUUUUGUCAAUACACCUUCUGGGAGAACGGUGAGCCCACUGUGGCUCCUCCCAUGGUCAGCCCAGAUUUACCUUCCCCUCGAAGCCCAGAUGCCCAGUUUACGGUCCAGUUUGAUCACUGCAAGGACUACAUCGUGCAUGUGACGGAUGAGUUUUUGGAGUUCAUAUCAGAUGGAGCAUUGGCCAUAGAAGUGUGGGGUCACCGCUGUGCCGGGAACGGACGGUCACUCUGGGAGUUGGACGCAUUGGAGGCUAAGACCCAGACGCUCCGGGACAGGUGGAGUGAGGUGUCUCGCAGAAUCGAGCUGGGGACGUCCAUUCAAGAGCUGAACGAACAGGGAGAGUACUCAUCGGUGGAGCUGCUCCCUGGCAAAGACAUCAGCACCGGAGGUGUCUUCCAACUCCGACAGGGUCACUCUAGGAGGCUGCAGGUUUGUGUGAAGCCGGUCCAGAACUCAGGGACUCUGCCUCUGCUGGUGGAGGCGUUGGUGUCCGUCUCUAUCGGCUGUGUGUCUGCUCGCUCCACCAAACUACAGAGACCACUCGAUAGCUACCAGAAAGAGGAGGAAGACGAUAUGGAUAGUUAUCAGGAGGAAGAUCUCAACUGUGUCAGAGAGCGCUGGUCCGAGGCGCUGAUCAAACGUCGGGAGUACCUCGAUGAACAAAUCAAGAAAAUCAUCAACAAACAAGAGAAGUCGGAGGAGGAUAUUGAGCGUGAGGCUCGGCUGGUGGAGCAGUGGGUGGGUCUGACUGAAGAGAGGAACGCUGUGCUGGUACCGGCAUCUGGCAGUGGCAUCCCCGGAGCGCCCGCCGACUGGACCCCACCUGCAGGAGUGGAAGCUCACAUCCCCGUUCUCUUCCUUGAUUUAAAUGCGGAUAAUCUGACAGUAAAUGAGCAGCUGACAGGCCCUCGUGCUGCCGGCCUUAACUCUAUUCUGCCCAAGGAGCAUGGGAGCCAGUUCUUCUAUCUGCCCAUCAUCAGGCACAGUGAUGAGGAGGUGUCGGCGGUUUGCUCUUGGGACUCGUCCAUCCACGAUUCCGUGCACCUCAACCGCAUAACAUCUCCCAACGAACGCAUUUAUCUGAUCAUCAAAGCCACUGUGCAGCUCAGCCACCCUGCCUCCAUGGAGCUGGUACUCCGCAAGAGGAUCGCUGUCAACAUCUACAACAAACAGAGUUUCACUCAGAGUCUCAAGAGAAGAAUGUCCUUAAAGAACGCUCUUUAUUCCUGCGGUGUGACUUAUGAGAUUGUUUCCAACAUACCAAAGGCCUCAGAGGAGCCAGAGGAAAGGGAAACCUUGGCUCUCAUGGCAGCUCGUGCAGAUAGUGAGCAGACGCAGGAUGGAGAAACCUACAUAGAGAAGUACACACGGGGAGUUCUGGAAGUGGAGAACAUCCUUAGCCUGGAGAGGCUACGACAGGCUGUCACUGUGAAGGAAGCGCUCACAACCAAGGGACGACACCUGAGAAGAAGUAUCAGCACACCAAAUGUACAGCAUUCUUCGUGUAGUAAAACAGACCUGACCGGCUGUGAGGAUGAAGACUGCAAGGGCUACUGUGAUUUUAAUGACGGCGCCGACUGCAAUCCCCCAGAGGCCUUGCUUUGCACCACACCCAUCAAAGGCAGGGAGAACCCAGGUUUGAUUCUGGAGAACCCCACGUUUUUCAACUCCAGCCCCUUCAAAGUCCUCUCCCCUCAGCCCCCUAAGUUCCUCAAGUGCCUGCUGCCUGUUAAAGAGGAGAACAAGGUGAAGAAGGUCCUGGAGGCCCGGCCGCUGCUGGGACUAGAGAGCAUGCGCUCAUGUGUGGACAGCCCUGCACUGCUCCCCCCUCCCUGCCCCUGGCGUCGGCCCAGGGCAGGCAGCGAGGGCCACUGCAAGCCUUCCACCUCCACCACUCCCACCAGCAGACAGCUCAGCCACACACUACCACACACUGCUGAUUCUGAUGAGGAGGAGGCGUGCGUGGGCAUGACUCUGAAUCUGGACCAGUGUCCUCGGGACAACAGCCGCUUCCCGCCUUACAUCCCAGAGGACUUUGCAAACUUUGAGACCUACAACGCCAGUCUGGAGAACCACGAAGGGCUUUCGCCCUCCCGGUGUGAGUCGAAGGGAAGCCGGUGUGGCGACGGGACCGGAGAGCGGGAGGUGCCCCGCAGCCCCACAGCCAGCAGUUGCACCAGUGGCUACUUUUCAAACAGCGCCUCCAACGCGACGCUGUCCGACAUGCCUUUCAGUGCCAGUGAGAGCUCCGACCACCUCAGCUGCACUUCCAGAGACCCCAGCGACCCUGCCGCAAGAGGCUGCACGCAAACCAAAAGUGCUUCUGUGGACCGCAGGGACGAGCAGCAGACGUGCCCCGUGCCGCACAACUGUGUUCCCAGCGCCAACCAGGAGUUCACUGACUUUAAAGGGGCAGAGGACAGUAUCGGAGACAGCGAUUUAGAACAUUUUACAGGUGGAUGGGAGCACGAGGGAUUGGACAGAGGAACACGUGGCACCGGCAAUCACAGCUCCUCCGACGCCUCCGGUGUUAUCGACGCAUCCGUGGACCACGCAGGGUGUGUUUGUGUAGCUGUGUCCCGCCCCGACUCCCCCGUAGUGCGCCCUUCAGUCAGAGCCCCAGUAUCUGCGCCUGGCAAAGCAGCGGCUCCAUCCACAGCGGCACCAUCCGCAGUUGCACGUUUACCUGCAGCCCCAAGUCAGCGAGCGGGAGGAGAACCUCCGAUCGAGGAGCCGGCCCAGGGAGAUCUGCCCCACGGGAGUCCCUGUCCCAGCCCCAACCCCAGCAGCGCAGAGCCGUCAGGAGAUUCCAGCGGAGAGGAGAGCACCCCUGUGGCUCAGCUUCCUGACUGGAUGGCACCAGGGGAGCAGGUGUGGGUGGGGAAAAGGAGAGGCACAGUCUACUACGUCGGAGGGGUGGAGUUUGCAAAGGGGAUCUGGAUCGGCGUAAAGCUUGACAUGGCAGUGGGUAAGCACAACGGGACUGUCCAGGGCAGAGUUUACUUCCGCUGCCCCCCCGGGCACGGCGUGUUUGUGAAGCCGUCUCGUCUCAACAGAGGGCCGCCCUGCAAGGACACAGAACCCCAGACUCUGAUCAGAUAGGACCCAGCGAAGGGACCCGUUUCCUGGGAGACGGCCUGAGGGUCGUGGUCAGAUCCGGUGCCUCUGGGUGCACCGCAGGCUGACUUCAGCAUGGCUCCUCUCCUCGCGAUGAAGAUGCUGAUGUAUUUUGUGGGCGUGUCUGCUCUCCUAAAGCCUAUAUGACCUCUUCAUUUAAUGAAGGUAUAUCCUAAUUAGUGUCCACUGAAGAUUCACUAUGCACAUAUAUGAGUUUCCUAUAUGGGGAUAUUUUUGAUAGAGAACUUAAAUAUGACCCAAAUACAUUUUCCUACAUUGGUUUCUGAACGUUAUAAAUAAUAUUUUUGUAAGACAAUGCAUCCUCUGAGGCUCAUGGCGAGUACUCUGGGAUAUGAAAGUUAAGAAUGUACUACUGUUUAUACACGUUGAUAUUUACGUCAAUAUAAUCUGUCAGGGGUAACCAAAGAACUACGGUUCCAUGUCUGCUGUUAUCAGUCGUAGGUUAUUUUUGUAGUGCGCGUAUGUGUGGAUUUAAACACUAUAUAUCUGUGUCCAAGUAAAGCUUAGUGCCAUAUCUCUAGGAGUGAUGCCACAUACCCUGAAAAGAGGACAAAUCGGCUAAAGCCGCGUUGCUUUCAGCUUGUGACUGAAGUUGUGUCGUGUUAAAUUAUCCUGUUGAAGUACUGUAACACUGUGGAGGAAAUAAUCCCCAUCCAGCAUGAGACUGUUGCUGUUUGAUUGCUUGCACUGGAAUGGAUUCUUUGAGAGUCUGACUGUCUUCCAUAUUGGACUGAUGAGAUGUUUUCUAACAUAAGUGGCUGAGGGACGCCUGUGUCAUCGUUUGCAAAAGGGCAGUACAGCAGCUGGGCUUUGUUCGAGGCCUGUUUCCACAAAGGCCGGCACAUAAAGGCUCCAGACUGCUCCGUGAACUCCAUAACAAGUUCCCUGAGUUUUAAACUAACCGCAUGCACCUGAAACCUGUGUAUUAUGACGCUGGGGGGGGGAUUCAAAAUGCCACCCAGUUUUGCUGACUGACUGAAUAUCUUUUUGUAUUUAAGCUGAUAUAUAUAACAGAACAUUUAACAAGGUACUCAGUAACGCAUUUUAUUAAAAGAAGGAUUGAAUGAAUGGGUGAUUGACACUAUCCGGCGGAGUAAACAUAGUUUAGUUAUGAAGAAGAGCUGUCCUAUCUACUUAUAUUUCUACGCAAGUGGUGAACUGUGGAACCGACGAGUUAUAUACGGGAGCUGUAAUUUCAAGAAGAUGAAACAAACCCAGGACCUUACCUUAAUGAAGAGAACAAAGCUGCUCUCCCUCAUAAGGAGUUGUAAAUUGAAAUGUAUUUGAACAUAGUAUUUACACUAGAAUAAUGUACAGAAUUGUAUUUAUAUGGUAUCACAAAAUGUUUUAAUUGGUACAAAAUGUUCCAGAAUAGAACAUUUACAAUCAGUGAA